AUGACUCGAAGCUUGUGGAGUAGUUAUGUUAGGAGUCUUAGCACAUCCUGCAUCCAACAUCAAAAUGUCCUGUCUUCUUUGCAAACGGACAGUGCAAGGCUGCGACUCGUGCUGUGGAGGCCUUCGAAAACUCAUGAGAGGCAUAUUGUUCGCGUUUCUCAUAACCACACAAAACUGGAGCACCGUGCAUUUAUUGCUCUAGGGGGCAACAUGGGGGACAGAGUUGCUAUGAUUGAGGAAGCAUGUAGAGAAAUGGAGAAGGGCGGAAACAUCAGAAUACUUCGAACAAGUAGUCUGUGGGAGACGAAGGCUAUGUAUGUUCUCGAUCAAGAUAACUUCGUGAAUGGUGCUUGUGAGAUAGAGACCUCACUGUCUCCAAUUGAGCUCUUGAAUGAGCUUCAAUCAGUGGAAAAAAGGAUGGGUCGCGUCAAGGUCAUUGACAAAGGACCGAGAAACAUUGAUUUGGACAUUUUGCUCUACGACAACCUUACACAUUCAAACGAGAGGCUACAGAUACCUCAUCCACUCAUGCUUGAAAGAGAAUUCGUGCUACGCCCACUAUGCGAGAUGAUUCCUGAGGAGAAUCUUCCAUCUCAUUCGUCUUCCGCAGCAAAAUCGCUUCAACACAGUCUCUCACUUCUACCUCGAUCGGAAGAUCCACUGUCACCAAUGACCCCACUCGCACCGAACCUGUCUAGUAUCUCCGCUUUCCAACCGCAACGAGACACGCGAAUAAUGUCCAUUCUAAACGUCACUCCAGACUCGUUCUCUGACGGCGGCAAGAAUUACAAUAUCGAUCAAGUCACCCUCACUAACACCAUCAAAUCGCAUAUUACGAGUGGAGCAACAAUACUAGACAUAGGUGGACAGUCUACACGACCUGGCGCGGUGCAAGUCUCGUCUUCCGAAGAGUUGUCUCGCAUCUUGCCUGCUAUCAAACUCAUUCGUUCACUUCGUGAGGCGAACAAUCUUGCCAUUAGCAUUGAUACGUACCGUGCCGAUGUGGCAGAAGAGUCUAUAAAAGCUGGGGCCCACAUUAUCAACGAUGUCAGCGCAGGUUUGAUGGACGAUGCUAUGCUCCAUACCGUUGCGAAGCUAGGCUGUACAGUUUGUCUAAUGCAUAUGCGGGGUACACCAGAAACCAUGAGCAAAUUGACCUCUUACCCGGACGGCAUAAUCGAGACUGUAGGUCGGGAGCUCCUCGAUCGCGUUCGUGCUGCAGAAGCAGCAGGUAUUCGGCGCUGGCGCAUUAUUCUCGACCCCGGUAUCGGGUUUGCAAAGACGCAAGAGCAAAACCUAGAAAUACUACGACGUAUGGGCGAGCUGAGGCAGUAUCCUGGUCUACAGGGCUUUCCUUGGCUGGUCGGCACGAGCAGGAAGGCAUUCGUAGGCAAGAUCACAGGAGUCAAGGAGGCGAAAGAUAGGAAGUGGGGUACUGCUGCUGCGGUGACUGCGGCCAUACAAGGGGGCGCGGAUAUCGUGAGAGUGCAUGAUGUGGAAGAGAUGGGACAGGUGGCCAAGUUGGCGGAUGCGAUUUGGCGAGUGUAG